AAAACCACGAUGAAGAUAAAAAUGUAUCCUUUUCUAACUCUUUAUCAAAAAAUUCUCAAAGUAAUGAAAAUGAUAAUAGCAACAACAACUACAAUACAUCUUUUCCGCCUUCCCCUUCUAAUUCGCUUUCUAAUAAUACAACAAAAACACUUGAUAGCACACAAAUAACAAAAAAAUUAGAGUCUGCGUCUAAUUUAAUCAGCUCGCCUGCUACUUCGAGUUUGAAUAAGAAUCGUGCAGGAUAUACAUUAGCAUUAGGGUAUCAAAACAAUCUGUCGUCUUUAUCUCCAUCUCCCGAAUUAUCAAAAAACAAUAUAAAAAAACAACAAACUCCUCCUCUAGAAACCACAUCCAAUUUAAUUUUUUCACCCAUUCCUCAUGUUCCACAAAGUCUAUCUAGUCUUUCAAAUAAUGCCAGUGUAUUAUCAUUUCAUCAAUACCAUCAAAAUCACCAACAACAAUAUCCUCACCAAUUGCACAUUCAUCAACAAUUUGAUCAACCUUCUAUUAUGGAAACAUCUGCUUCUCAAUAUAACUUUGCUCCUUCAAUAAACAAUGAAAAUUUAAACAUUAUUAAUCUAGCAUCAAUAAACAGUUCUAAUUCUAUUUAUGAUCCAACACAAUUACUACAAAAUUUUGGAUGUGGUUCCACGAGAUUUAACAUUAACAAUACAAACACAGGAAAUGAUGCUGAUUCAAUAAGAUUUCACAGUUCACAAUGGUACAAUAGCUGA